CCCCGUUGGCCUCUCAGAGCUCGUUUGGUUUCUCCUCCGCCCGAUUGUCCGUUUGCCGGUCUCCCAUCUCCUCCUCCGACUGCCGGGACAGAAUCAGAUUCUACCAUUGGUGGUGACACUGAUGGCAAAAGUCUUCCUUCUUCUACCUAGCAGGGAAUAAGAAUUUAAAAAAUUUCCUACUUCCUAUUUAUUCAUAAAAAAGAAUUCUAUUUAGACUUAGCUUAGAGACGGAGCAAUGGCGGUGGGCGAUGCUGGAUUGCAAGAGGAACACCUCGACGUCCUCAUUCAAACCGGUCAAAAGACUGGUAUUUCCAAACCCAGAGGAGAUGUGCAUCGAGAUGAGGAUUACCAUCGAGUAGUUCAUGUGUGGAUUUACGCCGAGAAUACGCAAGAAUUGCUUCUCCAACGGCACGCUGACUGCAAGGAUUCAUGGCCGGGAUUUUGGGAUAUCUCCAGCGCCGGCCACAUAUCCGCCGGUGACUCGUCGCUUAUAACAGCUCGGUCAUUGCGGUGGUGGAGAGUACCAAGCCAUGUCUCUUUUUCACGAGAAUUGUAAGAAAGUUGUAUGUUCAACUUCAAGGAGAGAUCGUUUCAUGCUAGGAGACGUGGGAGAAAAAUUCUAGUGAAUAAGAUUGUCCCAUAACUCUAGAGUUCAGUUUAUUCUUGAAUUUGAUACUACGUUCGAGGACAAUGUAGAAGAAGAUGAAGCUUCACUAUCACAAGAAAUAGUUGAAGUACGAGAUCAAAU